AUACAUAACACACCGGUGUUGGUGCUGCUGCCUCUGCCUCCGCUGCCACCGUGUACAGAGCUGACAGCAGCCGGGAUGACACCAUGGAUAACGCACACACACCUGUCCUCUAUAAAAGCACACACACUCACACACACCGACAGAGAGACUCCACGAGCUGUCUGAAAGUUUUACCUGAACCAUGGGCGGCAUCAUCUCACACCUGUUCACCAGGUUCACCUCCAAGAGACCGGUCAGGAUCCUAAUGGUGGGUCUGGAUGCAGCAGGUAAAACCACCCUGCUGUACAAACUGAAGCUGGCCGAGGUCGUCACCACCAUCCCCACUAUUGGUUUUAACGUGGAGACGGUAGAGUACAAGAACAUCAGUUUCACGGUUUGGGACGUCGGUGGUCAGACUGUCAUCAGACCUCUGUGGAGACAUUACUACAUUAACACACAGGGUCUGAUAUUCGUGGUCGACAGCAACGACCCCGAGAGGAUUAAAGAAGCCGCUGACGAGCUGCACAGGGUGUUGGAGGAAGACGAGCUGAGGGGUGUGGCCUUACUGGUAUUUGCGAACAAGCAAGAUUUGCCCAGAGCCAUGUCUGUCAGUGACAUCACAGAGGCCCUGGGCCUCACAGGAAUCUCACAGCCGUGGCUUGUCCAGUCGUCCUGUGCCAUCAGUGGUUCAGGCCUGGCCGAGGGUCUGGACUGGCUCUCUGACCAGAUCCCGAAACAGUAAAUGGUCGCUGAAGGUUGCUGCUGAGUCUGGUACAAACUGAGACGAGCCAGUGAACCCAGGAGAGACAUGAAGACUGACGUUUGUAGCUUAAACCUUAGAACAAUCAAAAAGAUCAAAUGUCAAGUGUCAGAUAUCUGUGCCUAUAAAGCCUAUGCUGUGCACUUUAUAAUCACUUUACAAAGCAGG